UUGAGCCUUGUAUUGCUGUAAUAAUGGAUAGUGUAAAUGUGCUGACCACCAGGUACAUGGCGUUUGACAAAAUGUACAGCCAUGAUCUGCGGGAGCAGAGUUUUAUAGACUGGCCGUUUAGAGAGGAAUGCAACUGCACACCUGAAAAGAUGGCUAAAGCUGGUUUUGUCCACUGCCCCAGUGAUAAUGAACCAGACGUUGCCUGCUGUUUCUUCUGUCUGAUCGAACUCGAGGGCUGGGAACCAGAUGAUGAUCCAUGGUUUGAGCACACCAAGCGCUCACCCACUUGUGGAUUUCUGUCCAUGAAGAAAGCAGAUUUCACUGAGCUGACCGUGUCUGAAUACUGUCAACUGGAAGGUGAAAGGCUGAAGAUCUACAUUAGGAAGAUUUCUCAUAAGAUGAUGGCGUACUUGCGUGACGACAUGGACAAAGUGCUUGAUCGCCUAAAAUCUCAGCUGGAGACAAUGUAA